UCCUUGUAGCCUGCUGCUGAGGGUCCAGCUGUAAAAAUACUUGCAAAGAUCCAUCGGGUUGGUUGAGAGCUGUGGCUGAUCCACAAAGUAGCCUACACAGAUAAUGGGACACAACAUGCUGCCGCGGCGCAUGUUCCUCUGGUGUAUGGCUGUCAUCUAUAUGUUUGCUUUUGUCUCCCUUUACCUCCAGAUACCAGGUCUCUAUGGUAAUGAGGGACUGUUGCCUGCACGGUGGCAGCUGAGAUACAGCGGCAAGCCUCUGUUGGACCAGAUUCUGUCCUCUCCUACUCUGUUAUGGCUGGGGCCGAAGCUGGGCCUGGACACGCACACUGCCAUGGAGCUGCUUUGCCUGGUAGGGGCAGCCCUUAGCCUGGCUGCUACACUGCUGGAGAGUCUGAGAGACAGCCUAGUCUAUUUCUGUUUGUGGGUGCUGUACCUGUCUCUGUACCAGGUUGGCCAGGUCUUUCUCUACUUCCAGUGGGACAACCUGCUCCUGGAGACAGGGUUCCUGUGUGUCCUCGUAGCCCCCUUGACAUUGGUGCGGGGGUCGAGAGGGGUCAGGGAGCAUGACCCGAUAACGUUCUGGUUGGUGCGUUGGCUGCUCUUCAGACUGAUGUUUGCCUCUGGAGUGGUCAAACUUACCUCCCGCUGUCCCACCUGGUGGGGCCUCACAGCCCUGACCUACCACUAUGAGACCCAGUGUAUCCCUACACCCCUGGCCUGGUAUGCCCACCAGCUGCCUGUGUGGUGGCACAAGCUCAGCGUGGUUGGCACCUUUGUCAUUGAGAUCGCAGCCCCCUUCCUCUUCCUGUGCCCUCUACGAAGGCUCAGGCUUGGGGCCUUCUACAUGCAGGUGUUACUGCAGGUGCUAAUCAUCACAUCUGGCAACUACAACAUCUUCAACCUGCUGACUCUGGCUCUCUGUCUGUCCCUGUUGGACGAUCAACACGUGCAUUUCUGGCUACGCAGGUCACAGAAACCGAACAGCUGUGGUUCCAAGGUGUUUUCUUGGGCCUGUUUGAUGGUGGAGCUGGCAGUGUGGUCUCUGAUGUUCUAUGGAGCAGUCAUAUGCUUUGAGCUGCAGUUGGACUGGGACAAAGGGAGUGUCCGCUCAAGGACAGCAUUCACCUACCACCAGUUUAACCAGUUCCUGAAGACUGUCACCAUUCCCAGUGUCUGGUUGGGCAUCCUCUCUCUUACCUGGGAGGCGGUCACUGCCAUGUUCAGGUGUGCGUGUGUUCAAGGCUUUCUGAAGAGAUUCUGGGGGACUCUACAGUGGAUAGUGUUUGCUGCUGCUGCUGCCUCCAUUUUCGCCGUCAGUCUGGUGCCUUUCACCUACGUGGAGUACGACUCUAACGCCAGCCUGUGGCCGGGGGUCCGCCGGGCGUACGAGGCGGUGGACCGCUACCAGCUGGUCAACUCCUACGGCCUGUUCAGGAGGAUGACCGGGGUGGGGGGGCGACCUGAGGUGGUCAUCGAGGCAAGCAUGGACAGAGUGACGUGGACGGAGAUCGAGUUCAUGUAUAAGCCAGGGAACAUGAGUGCCCCCCCUGCGGUGGUUGCUCCCCACCAGCCCAGGCUGGACUGGCAGAUGUGGUUUGCUGCCCUGGGACCCCACACACAGGCCCCGUGGUUCACCAGCCUCGUGUACAGACUGCUGCAGGGAAAGAGAGACGUAAUUGAGCUGAUCCAGUCCGAUGUGUCUCGCUACCCAUUCCUGCAGCAGGCUCCCUCCUACAUCCGAGCCCACCGCUACAAAUACUGGUUUACAGAGCCCAAGUCUGAUGGCUCGUACCCUGACCGAUGGUGGAGGAGGGUGUACUCAGAGGAGUUCUAUCCCACAGUGCACCUGGGUGACACCUUCCUGGAGAGCAUGCUCAGUCAGCAUGGGCUCAAGGACAGGUCUCCUCCCUGGCGUGUUCCAGAAGCCCCUCUCGCACAGGCUGUGAGGUGGGUACGCUCCCAGGUGAGGGGUGUGUCGGCCCCUCUGCUGCUCUGGAGCCUGUUUGCCUGCAGUGCCACCAUCUGUCUACUCCGGGGACUGCGCCACUCCUGUGCUACUACACACAAACACAAACCCACCGCAACCAAUUCUGACCACACGGACACCAUACCUGAUGGUAACUCCUCGCUGGAGGAAGAGCACCAAGAGAAGGAGGGGAAGGAGCUGAAAGAUGAUACAGUAGAGGAAGAGAAUUGUGAAGGAAAUAGUGUAGCAGAGGAAGACAAGCAGAUGGAGGAGGAGGUGGAGGAGGAUGAUGAGGAAGAAGAGGGCAAGGUGAGUGAAAAGGAUGACAUGGAAAUGCUACGAAAGAGAAAUAUUACGUGUGAGGAUGAGAGGCAGGGCAACUACCCAGUUAGUUGAAGGCUAUCUGUCCAAAUUACCUGUUUGUCUUAUUUUCUCUGACUAGAAAACAGAUUGUAUUUUUCAUGUUUUCAGUCUGAGAAAAUAAAACAUUUGUCACGCAUGUCACACCUGCCUGUGAGUUAUUAAAUAUUCUGCAUACUCUACCCUUCAGACUGUAUGGCCUACAGAUAGCUUACUAGCCAUUUUCUAACUGUUUCUGCUUGUCUCCACUGGUUACAGUUGUGCCAAGAUGAUGUUUGGUGAUGUAUUAUGUACGUUGUGUGAUCGUGUUGUCAUGGUUGAUAAUGUCAAUCUCGGUUUGUCAUGAUUAUAGGGGCACUUCUGUGGUAAGAAUCAGACAAUGGAGGAGAACAUAUGAUAGAAAGUGUCAUAUGUAAAAAAUAUCAUGUUCUUUUUGAUACUAUGCUGACAAUCAAGAGAACAUACCUUUUGGUAUAGUUCCAUGUUUUUGUUUUUGUGUCUUGUGUGUGUUAAAUGUUUGCUAUGCCUCUAAGAUACUGUAAGUAUUUUAACCAACUGCACUAUUUCCCAUUUCCACAAAUGUUUUUUUUUCUACUUUUGUCAGUGUUGCAAAAAAGUACAUCGCAAAACUAUAUCUUUUGGACACUUUUUUGUAUCAUUUAUAAUAAAGCAAAAAUUGACACGUA